AUGGCGACUGCUGCCGUUGUCGGCACGUUGGUCCUACUGUCGUCGUCGGCGGCGGCGGCGGCAAGGUCGGUGCCGGCGGCGCUGUUCGUGUUCGGCGACUCGCUGGUCGACGACGGCAACAACAACGCGCUGAGCUGCCUCGCCAAGGCCAACUUCUUCCCCUACGGCGUCGACUUCCCCGGCGGCGGCGGCGCCGCCGCCGGCCGCUUCUGCAACGGCAAAACCUUCGUCGACGCACUCUGUGAUCUUCUUGGUCUCCAGUACGUUCCACCGUUCGCGACGACGACGACGACCACUGGCCUGAACGGCACGAGCUUGCUAGCCGGCGUCAACUACGCUUCAGCUGCAGGAGGCAUCCUGGAUGAGACUGGCCAGCAUCUGGGUGAAAGAUUCAGCCUGAGCGAGCAGGUGCUCAACAUGGAGAGCAACCUGGAGACGAUCAGGUCACUGAUGGAGGACAGAAUUCAGGGAGGAUACGACAUGUACUUAGCAAGAUCCAUCGUCGUCAUGGUGCUUGGAAGCAACGACUACAUCAACAACUACCUCCUAACAUCGCUGUACGAUUCAGGCUACACCUACAGCCCUGAGGACUACGCUGACCUGCUCAUCAACCAUUACACCAGGCAGAUACUGGCUUUGUACAGUGUGGGGCUGAGGAAGUUUCUCCUGGCUGGAGUGGGCCCACUGGGCUGCAUACCCAGACUGAGGGCCUCCGGAUUGGGCCCACUGGGCCGGUGCGUGGAUCAGGUGAACCAGAUGGUGGGUUUCUUCAACCAAGGGCUCAGAUCUCUCGUUGGUGAGCUGAACGCCGAUCACCCUGAUGCCAUCUUCCUCUACGGCAACACCUACUAUGCAAUAUACGACAUGCUCAACAAUCCUUACAAAUACGGGUUCAGGGUGGUGGACAGUGGGUGCUGCGUGGAGGGUGAGGACGGCACGUGCGAGGCGUACGCGGAGCCGUGCGAGAGCCGCGAGCAGCACGUGUUCUGGGACGCCUACCACCCGACGGAGGCCGUCAACCUGGUCCUCGCCGAGAGCGCCUUCAACGGCACGCCGGAUCAUGUUUACCCGCUCAAUCUACAACAGCUCGCCGAUCUCUAGCUAGCUAAUUAAUUACUUGCUGAAAUAUACAUAAUUGUAUGGUUACUUACAUGACCAAACAUGCUGCAUGCAUGACUGAUGCAACAAUUAAAUCCAUGUUAAAAAUGAUAGGAUCGAUCUGAUCGGUGUGUGUGUAUAUAUAUGCUUCAGAUCAGAGGGAAAUUAAUACUAGCUUUUCAUGCAUGAAU